UGUCGCGCGUGACAAAAACCGCUGGUGUAGCAGCUUAUAUUUCAGUGGAUUAAAACUGAUUAUCCAUUCAGAAGCCAUCAACUGUACGUGUCAAAGUUGUCAAGUUAUCGUUCUUUUGAUCCAAUAGUUUCCUUAUUAAUCGCGAGGGCAAUCAGAGUUUUUGGAAGAGGCGAGAGCGUAAAUCAGCGAAGAUGUCGCUGCCGGAGCUAACGGUCGGCCAGGUGAACUACAACAGCAUUGAACUCAAAUGGGGAGAUUCGGAAAAUGAUACCGACAACAAGAAGCGAAAAUUGUUUCAUGUACAGUUGAACAAGGCUCGUGCGCGAAGCGCUUGUCCUGGCGGACCGACGCUCGAUCCUCUGACCAACUACCAGGGUUACAGUCAACAGUUUGUUUUCAAAGGCUUGGAGUCUAUGACUCAGUACCAAUGCCGUUUGCGGAUCAUGGAGAGCGACAGUGAUCGGCAUGGAGGCGGAUGGAGCGAACCGAUAACUGUCUGUACACCGAACGAACCUCCAUCCGGAGCCGAGCUGCACAAGGCGGUUUCCAGGCAGGACUUGGAAACCGUUCGUAAAAUUCUUAAAGAAAAUAGCGCGGUAGUUGAGGUGAUGGACAAGUUUGGAUUGACUCCACUUAUGGUAGCUGCUCAAAAGGGAUAUACAGAUGUGAUGGAAAUACUCCUCGAAUUUAAUGCCGAUCCUGAAUACCCAAACACCAGCGGCAAGACCUGUCUGAUGAUCGCCUGUUACGCCGGCCAAGAGGAAGCUGCUAGAUUGCUACGUCAGCACGGUGCCUUGUGGGAAACACGUGACAAGAAUGGAUUAACCGCUGUACACUGGGCGGCAGACGGAGGCCAUGAUGAUCUUCUUUUAUGGCUUGUGCGUGAUGGAGGCCCGGUUGACAUACAAGACAAUGUCAAUGGCUGGACACCCUUGAUGCGAGUUGCGUGCCUCACCGGAAAUGAUGAAGUCGCAGAAGUUCUCAUUGCGAAGGGUGCCGACAUCAACAAGAUUGACAAAUCUGGAAAGACAGUUUUGAUGGCGGCCUCUAUGAACGGGCAUUUUAACCUGGUGCGUUUGCUUGUCGAUAAGGGCGCAGAUGUGUUUGAAAAGAACAGAGAAGGGAAAACAGCUUUGGAAUUCGCCAGAUCGAUGGACAGGCACAGGAUUAUUAAAUAUCUUGAAUUCCAGGUGGCAAAGGAAGAAAAACAACGAAAAGCGAAACUCCUGGAAGAGAGACUCAAAGAGAGUCAACAGAAAUUGGGCCAAAUGCAAAUAAACUCUUGAACAUAAAGUUUUGGAAACCUCCAAUCAGGGCUACUCUUAGGAUUAUGAGAAGAGACCCUUGAAUAGAAAGGUUUCCUUAGUAAAAGGAAGCGGAAACAGUGAAACCUCCAUUUAGGGGACAUUCUUAGGACUAUUAAAAGUGUCCCUUGAAUUGAGGAAUCCACUCAAUGAAGAUAGCAGGUUAUAACGAGGUUUUUGCUUCCCUUGAAUGGAACUCUCCUACAUUUAGGUGUUCCAAAGAAAGCUUUUACUUUCGUCUUAAAUUAUAAAAAUUUUUGGAGCUACUGGAAGAUAAAUGAAUGUCUCAGAACAUCUUUUUAUGUUACAAA